AUGGAUCAAGCAAGACUUUUUUUGUUGGUCCUACUUUUCAAAUGUACUCUGAGUGAACCUAAAGGCAUUUGUGCCGAAGAAAACAAUUUAUUAGAAUGUAUGAAUCGUGGUAUCGUCGAAAGUAAAAAACCUACUCCUGGAACAACCACACUCAUUAGUUGUACUGCUAGUGGAAAUCCAAUGCCAAAGAUACUGUGGAAACGAUGUCAUAAUGGCCAGUGCUCAGACAUUCCAUCAAGACGUAUUAAGAAUAUUAAAGACACUAAUGGAACUAUUCACAGUACUUUGAUAGUAGAUCGAAAUCAACCUGAACAGAUUGGAAAUAUUUCAUGUACAUCGGUUAAUCUUUGCCAACGUUCAGAAUCACAAUUCUUCAUAGUUGAAGACGAUAAGCCAGAAGUCUUAGUCAUUACACUGAGUAAUGUUGGAGGUCUAAUUGUGAUUGUAAUCCUAGUUGUCAUAUUCGUACCUGAUCCUCGCACUAAACUCUCAUACUUUAAGAAAGUAUUGAUGCGAAUGGAAAUUAAAAGCGAUCGUGUUAUAGUUAUUGAUUUUUUAUAA